GGGCUGAGCUCACCCAGAGCUGAGCUUCCUUGGUUAGACUCCCAGGGCUGGGGAUGUUCCUGGUGAAGGAUCGAACCCCAGUCACGGCCCUUGGAAGCAGCUUUGCGCUGUCGCAGUGAUUAGGAGCGGCCAUGCCCAUGGCAGAGGGGCCAUGGAAGGGGGCCAGGGCCCACCAGAUCCAGAGGGCAGGGAAUGCAUCGGGGGAGCAAUUCUAGCCAGAUCCUGCCAGGAAUCACCCCCAGCGAUGAAGGACUUCACUGAAAUCACGCUGUGCCCCAACAGGCUGGAGCAGAGUAAGACGGAGUUUUGCAAUCCCAUCUUCGAGCCCGAGAGCGAGGGGGCUGGCUGCGCACCCCCCACCCCACACCAGACAGAGGGGGAGAACGGGACCAGCGCUGGAUCCCCCUGGAAUGGCCUCGCUCCCCCCGCAGGCCAGCCGCUCUGGAGCAGGGCGGGCAGGAAACACAGGCCCGACUGCACCUUCUCCUGGCUGUGCGUAGCGCUGAUGAGCGCCUUGCUCUUGCUGCUCCUCGCCUUGCUGCUGGGGAUCAUCAUCUCCCAGCUGCAGUCCUCACGCCCGGCCGGCCCUUCCUCUGCGACUGCAUCCGCCCACCACAACGACCCCACCACCACAGCACCUGCUGGCACAGCCGAGCCCAUGGCCACCGAGCCACCAAGAGAGCCACCCCCAGCCACUACACCAGAACCCUCCUGUGGGGGAACCCUGCAGGGCCCCGAGGGCUCCCUCAGCUCCCCCAGGUACCCUGCCCCCUACCCACCCAACACCCUGUGCAUCUGGCGCAUCCAGGUGGAGGACGGGCUGGCCAUCCAGCUGAAGAUUGAGUCGCUCAGCCUGGAAGGCACGAGGUGGUGCCUCUUCGACCGGGUGGAGCUGUACGAGGAGCUGGGGGCGGCCAGCGGCUCCCCUUGGGGAGGGACAUCCAGGUUUUGUGGGGACGUGGCGCCCCCGACAAUCAACACCAACUCCAACCGGCUGCGCGUCACCUUCGUCUCGGACAACAGUGUGGGUGCCCUGGGGUUCACCGCCCACUACCGCGCCAUCCUGCCCAGCGACAAGAGCUGUGCCUGGGACGAGUUUUUCUGCGACCAGGGGCUCUGCCUCCGCCUGGGCCUUGUCUGUGACGGCUUCCACGACUGCACAGACAAGACCGACGAAGCCAACUGCAGCUCGAGACACAAAGAAUGCGGUGGGUCAUUGACCAGCUUGGAGGGGCAGUUCUCCACCCCCAGCCACCCGCAGCCGUACCCACAUCAGCAGCUCUGUCUCUGGCAGAUCACCGUGCCCGUGGGCCAUGUGAUCGAUCUGCAAUUCCACAACUUCAGCCUGGAGUCGCAGGAGGACUGCACCUUCGACUUUGUGGAGGUGCACGACAGUGCAGGCACGGACGCCCCCAGCCUCCUGGGCAGGUUCUGUGGCUCCCAACUGCCGCCCGUCCUGACCUCCUCACGACACGUCAUGACCGUCCUGUUCAUGGCAGAUGAGGGCGUGGCGGAGGACGGGUUCUUUGCCACCUACCGUGCCCGGAACGCCACGGAAAAAACAUGCAGCCCCUCGGAGUUCUCCUGCAGCAACGGGGAAUGUCAGGCGCGGGAGUCGGUGUGUGAUGGCUGGCACGACUGCCCGGAUGGGAGCGAUGAAUUCAACUGCACGAGUGUCUCACCCCCCUCCUUUGAGUCCUCCUGCCAGCAGAUCCAAGUGGAGAUGUGCUUGGGCCUCAGCUACAACACCACCUCCUUCCCCAACAUCUGGCUGACCAUCCCAGACCAGCAGGGGGCGGCCACCAUGCUCCGAGACUACAAGACCCUGAUGGAGCUCUCCUGCUACCAGCACCUGCGCCUGCUGAUCUGCAGCCUCUUCGUGCCCAAGUGCACGCCGGACGGGGGCGUCCUGCAGCCCUGCCGCUCCGUGUGCCUGACGGCGGAGCAGCGCUGCCAGCAGGCCCUCAGCCUCCUCAGCAUCCUCUGGCCCAUCAACUGCAACGUCCUCCCCGACUCCAACGACCCUGUGGAGUGCUUCAAGCCGUGAGGGGGCGGUGGGGCCCGACAAGCAGAGGGGUGCGGCUGGCUCUCCCCGCAACCUGCUGACUUUGGGGCGAGUGGGGACUCGAAUCCUUCUCUCAGCUAUGCCCUCCCCUUCCUAUGUGUUUCCCUUCGGGGACCUCAGGACACAGGCCCAGGAGCCCCAAAUAAAGGUGCUGGAGAAGAAACCACCCACCCUGAGUCUGGGAGCCUGCUGCCCUAUAACUCCCCUUGGUAUCCCCCAUAACAGUCCCCUAAGGGAGCCACCAGGGGUGGCCCUAAGUGCCUGGAAGGCGACUGACUGGCUGUUGGGGUCCCCACACUGCAUAGCCACUGCACUUCGGCAACGCCUGGCCCCAUCUCCCCAGUCCUGCAGUGGGGCUAAAGCGUCAGCCGGCUUGUGCCUUUUUCUCACCCACCACAUCCUCCGAUACACCCCGUCGGAGCACAGGGGGAGGCGACUCUCUACUCCCCCCACCCCAGUCUACUUCCUGCAGCAAGGUGACAGCUCCCUCCCAGCUGACCCAAGAAUGGUACCUGCACCUCUGACAUAAGGAGCCCAGGGGCGGCCCUCUUUGUCCUAAUGUCCCCAGUCCCAGCAGAGCACACACCUGGGCCUGGCUGAGCGGCCAUUGCCCAUCGUCCGCCUCGUGCUCGGCACACGGCAAGGCCCAGCGCUGUCAAAGGGGGAAAGGCUGCUUUUGGACUGGGCAUGGGACUCAGGAGAGCCGAGGUCAGUUCUCAGCUCUGCAAUAGCCUCCCUGCAUGACUGGGGGAAAAGAAAAAAAUAAAUCCUUCUUUGACUCAGUUUCCCCAUCUGAAAAAUGGAAACAAUACAACCAGGGGAUUGUGAGGAUAAAAGCAUAGCUCCAUGGGGCCCUGUUGUGAUGGGGGGGAGGGAGUAUGGAAGUAUCUAGGUAGAUGAAUGACAAAAAACACCUUAAGAAAUGG